AUGGUCAACAUGAAGCUCUUCGGUGCUACGGCACUGUCUCUCCUUAGUGCCACUGAGGUUAUGGCUCACCCGGGACACAACCACAAAGCUGAGGCUGUCCAGCGCAGAGCUGCCGUGUCUAACAUGAGCAAACGCUCACUUUCCCACUGUCAGGACAAGUUGGCCGCUCGCGGUGUCGAAGCCAAGAAUGUCCAGCGUCGCCAUGCCAUGCAUCAGCAGCUCCGCAAGACCGCCCUGGCCAAGCGCGACUUCGACACGGUUCUGAACACCACCCACCACUCCGACCUCACUGGAAUCACACCCAGCACCGACCCAGCUACGCUUUUCGUGGGGAACAACUCCUGCAUCCUUGCGCCUGAGACGACCGAGGGUCCAUACUACGUAGUUGGCGAGCUCUUCCGCUCCAACGUCACCGACGACAUGGCCGGCGUCCCGCUCUACAUGGACAUCCAGCUCAUCGACACGAACACCUGCGAGCCCCUCCCGGGCGUCGCCCUCGACUUCUGGCACUGCAACGCGACAGGCGUCUACUCCGGCGUCUCCGCCAGCGGCAACGGCAACUCCGACAGCGACACCUCCAACCUCAACGCCACCUACGGCCGCGGCAUCCAAGCGACCGACUCCGACGGGUCCCUGCAAUUCCAAUCCAUCUUCCCGGGUCACUACACGGGGCGCACGACGCACAUUCACAUCGCGGCGCACCCGGCCGGCACGUGGUCGUUGCUGCCGAACGGCACCAUCACCGGCGGUGAUAGCACGGCGCACGUGGGGCAACUGUUCUUCGAUCAGGAUUUGAUCUACGCGGUCGAGGCGGAGGCGCCGUAUAGCUCGAACGAGCAGACGCUGACGUUGAAUGAGGAGGACAGUAUCAUGGAGGGGGAGGCGGAGGAGGUGGAUCCGGUGGCGGAGUACGUCCUGCUCGGCGACUCGGUUGCGGAUGGCAUUUUUAGCUGGAUUGCGGUCGGGAUUGACCCGACGGCGAAUUAUACGGUUUCGCCGGCUGCAUACUACUCCGCUAAUGGUGGGUAUGCGAAUGCGGAUGGGCCUGGUGCGGGUGGCGCUCCGCCGAGCGAGGCCUCUGCUUCGGCGUGA